GCCAGCUACACAGCUGAGCCGAGCGUUUGGAGGCUGCUCGGCAGACUGCUCUGAUUCCAAAUGAAAAUGUUGGAGGGUGUUGACUCUACAGCUACAAGAUCUGGCCGGGAUCUCUGGGCUGAAAUCUGUUCCUGUUUGCCAAAUCCUGACCAAGAAGAUGGUGCCAGCAAUGCCUUCUCAGACUCCUUUGUGGAUUCUUACCCUGAAAGUGAAGGCCAGAGAGGGGCAGCAGACUUUGCUGUCGAGCUGGCUGUAAAGCCUUGGGCUCCCUUGCAGGAUUCAGAAAUGUAUUUAGCAUCUCUAGAGAGGAAACUGAGAAGAAUCAAAGGUUUAAAUCAGGAAGUCACUUCGAAGGACAUGCUUCGAACCCUGGCCCAAGCCAAGAAGGAAUGCUGGGAUCGGUUCCUCCAGGAGAAGUUAGCAUCAGAGUUCUUUGUGGAUGGACUUGAUUCCGAUGAGAGCACCUUGGAACAUUUCAAGAGGUGGCUGCAGCCAGAUAAAGUAGCCAUCAGCACAGAGGAGGUCCAGUAUCUGAUUCCUCCAGAGUCACAGGUUGAGAAGCUGGCAGCCGGGGAAGAGCCAGCAGCCAGGGAGGAGCCACCGGCAGCAGAACAAUAAAUACACGCACUUGGAGCAGCUGUCUCGGGUCCAGAGGGAACAGUGGAGAACUCGGCGGCGGCAGCAAGGAGAAAUCUAGGGAGGGAAAAAGCCCAAACUUCCACUCCACCAAGAAAACAGCUGGAAGCCCCUGAGGACUUACUUGGGGCUGGGAUGUGUAACUGUCUUGGAUGAAGUGACUGACCCAGCCGUGUGCUGGAUCAGAAUACUGCUUUCCUCUGUGUCUCACAGCUUCACUGAAGUCUGUUGCUGCAGGUUAGAAGUCUGCUAAGGAUCUAGUGAAGGACCAAGUAUGAAAGUACUUGGAGAAACUGAGACCCUUGGUGUGUAAUGUAUAAGUUAAGUAAGCCAUAUUUUUCCUUGCCUCUUCUGGAUAUUCAUGCCUGUGUCCCCACCAGGUCAGGGGGGAGUGGGGCCAAGGAGAAUGAAGUCUGCCUCCUUGAAUCCAAACCCCAUGUGGGGCUUCUCUAACAAAUCCGUAGUAAAUACAGGGACUCUACGGAAAGGGGCUUGGCUUCUCCUUUCUCUCAUUUGUUCCUUGUGGAGAAAAUGGGUGAAAGAAGUAUGAAAAUGUGGGUGUUUAUGUAUGUGUAUGUAUAUUUUUAUUUCAUGCAUGGCUUCUCCCCCAACUUCCUCCUGCAUUCAAAAAGGGCCAGGUUCCAAAUUAGACUUGUAAAUACAGUGUUAGUGUUUGGCACUACUCCUGAAUAGUUCCAAACUUGUUCCUUGUGGCAGCUUUCCUGGCUGAGUCUGAGCUCCACGCCUUGUUUGUUGCAUUAUUGUUCAGUGUGUGUUGUCAUAUAAAACUUCUC